GUUUAGUGUCGCGGUGGAAUUAUGGGGAACUCCGCAUGGGUCCAUUCAGGGCGAUUAUCCCUCUGGCUGAGGAUUGCGACUAUCCACUGAUCGAGUUUAGUCUCUCGUCGCGGGGUCUUUGCUCUACUCCCAGCAUCCCCUCGUCGCUUUCUGACAUCUUCAAGCCUCAGCCAGCAUCUUCCUCAUUUCGCACCCGCAGUCUCUCGAGUCUGUCUCUCUUCGGAUUUUGAUUAGAAUAACCCCACCAAAUCCUUCACCAUGACCGUUUCUCCGCUACCAUACUUGAAAACCAACCCCAAGAUCAUCUUCUUCACGGAUUUCGAUGGAACCAUCACUCUCGAAGACAGCAAUGAUGCUAUGAUUGAUAACCUUGGCUACGGGCAACCAAAGCGCCGGCAAGGAAACCUGGCUGUUCUCGAAGGCACCAUGAGCUUUCGUGACGCUUUCCGCGAUAUGCUCGACAGCAUCAAGACUCCUUACAACGAGUGCAUCGAGUACCUCAAAAAGCACAUGAAGUUGGAUCCUCAUUUUGUGGAAUUCUACAAGUGGUCGAAGGAGAACAACGUACCGAUCGUGGUGUUGUCUUCCGGGAUGGUGCCCGUCAUCAGCGCCCUGUUUGAGGAAUUCCUGGGUGGCAAACCGGAUGACCACCUCUACAUCGUCGCCAACGAGGUGGAGGGCCGUGAUGGAAAGGAUAUCAACACCGAAGGUGGCUGGCAGAUCAAGUACCAUGACGAUAGCCACUUCGGCCACGACAAGUCCUUGGAAAUCAAGCCGUAUGCCGCACUGCCGGACAGUGUGCGCCCGACCUUGUUGUAUGCAGGAGAUGGCGUGUCCGAUUUGUCUGCCGCCGCAGAGACUGAUCUUCUGUUUGCCAAAAAGGGCAAGGACUUGGUGACAUUCUGUGAGCGCGAGAAAAUUCCGUUCACCCUCUUUGAGAGCUGGGAGACUAUUCUGGCCACGACCCAGGAUAUCCUGAGUGGCAAGGUUUCUGUCAAGACCGUGGCUCAGGAUGGAUUGGAGGCCGUUCACCAGGGAGCAAACAAGGUUUAAUGCGUUGCUGCGGAGUCGAGACUCAGUUCUCCGUGCUGUUAGAUAUAGAGCGCUUGGAUAUACACACAGAGACACAGUUUAGAUAUCAUGUUGGAUAGAGGAAUGAAUAUAAUAGAGUCCGGAUACUCC